GUGAGUAGCGGCUGAGCCGGGUGCUGCGCGUUGAACAGAACUGGGCUUAGGCAGGAGCGGCAAGCAUGGCCUGGACCAAGUACCAGUUCUUUCUGGCUAGCUUGAUGCUCAUCACAGGGUCCAUCAACACCCUUUCUGCUAAGUGGGCUGACAAGCUGAGCGCCCCAGGCUGCAAUAGCACAGAACCAUACAACUUCGAGCAUCCCUUCCUCCAGGCAGUGGGCAUGUUCCUGGGGGAGUUCUCCUGCCUGGCUGCUUUCUACCUCCUGCUCUGCAGUGACCGGCGAAGGCCAGAGCCCACCAUGGCGCCACCUCAGCCCUUCAACCCACUGCUUUUCCUGCCCCCGGCACUCUGUGACAUGACCGGGACCAGCCUGAUGUAUGUGGCUCUGAACAUGACCAGUGCCUCCAGCUUCCAGAUGCUCCGAGGGGCUGUGAUCAUCUUCACAGGGCUGCUCUCGGUGGCCUUUCUCAGGCGGAAGCUGGCCCUGAGCCAGUGGCUGGGCAUCGUGGUAACCAUCCUUGGGCUGGUGGUGGUUGGCCUGGCAGACCUGCUGAACAACAACGACCAUACGCACAAGCUGAGUGAAGUCAUCACAGGUGACCUUCUCAUCAUCCUGGCUCAGAUAAUUGUUGCCGUCCAGAUGGUGCUGGAGGAAAAGUUUGUCUACAAGCAUGAUGUUCACCCUCUGCGGGCUGUUGGCACUGAAGGCUUCUUCGGCUUCGUUAUCCUUUCCCUACUCUUGGUGCCCAUGUACUACAUCCCAGGAGGCAGCUUCAGUGGCAACCCACGCGGAGUGCUGGAAGACGCUCUUGACGCCUUCUGUCAGAUCGGCCACCUCCCGCUCAUCGUUGUGGCUCUGCUGGGCAACAUCAGCAGCAUCGCCUUUUUCAACUUUGCCGGCAUCAGCGUCACCAAGGAGAUCAGCGCCACCACCCGCAUGGUGCUCGACAGCUUGCGCACGGUGGUCAUUUGGGCAGUCAGCCUGGCUGUCGGCUGGGAAGCCUUCCACGGACUGCAGAUCCUGGGGUUCAUCAUCCUCCUUGUUGGUGCCGCCCUCUACAAUGGCCUCCACCAGCCACUCCUUGCCCGCCUGCCCUGGUGGAGGGCACCAGCAGAUGCCCCAGGCACAGAUGCAGAUAGAGAGAGCCUGUUGGCUGCAGAUGGGGCUUCCAUUAAUGGGGACAGUUGAUAGCAAUGGGACCCUGAGGUGCUGGACUUCUGUCAAAAGGACUAGUCAGUAUUGCUGGGCCACACAGGCUUGGAUUUCCAAAAUGGUCACAAGGUUGACUUGGCAUAUUUGUAGAUGCCUUGCUUUGGGGCUAUAUUUCACCUUUAAUUAGAGGGUGUUGUUGCACCGUCUGGCUAUUGUGCUUAAUCUGGUGGGAGGAAUCAAACGAUGUGAUUUGCGGUUUCCUUAGCAACCAAAGGCAGUGAAUGCCCUCUGUUUCCGAACAAUCCAGACGUAGGUAGGACCUACCUUUUGUUGUUUCUAGGAAGGCUUAAGGUGGUGUCCUCUGCCAACUCCCUAGACCACCCCCAGGGUAUCAUGGCUGCUAGGCAGAUGUCCAUUCGUUUUGUGCAGAUUGAUUUCUUUGAUAGGCCUAUGUAUUUUUUUCCCUCUUAAUGUAACGUCAGACAGUGAUGGGAAAGGUUUUCAUGAAGACUCUGAUAAUCCUUUAACAGGAAGAUUGCCUUUUUUUUUUGCCAAACAAAAUCUGUCUUCCUGUUAUCUCCCCAGAAGGAGAGGUAAGAGGGCCUCGUGUUGUAUUCAUGUAAGCAUUAGCACAUAAAAAGGGUCUCUCUUCUGCAGCGUCAUCUUUUCCAAACUCCUCUCUGAUGCAGCAAAGUCGACUAGACACCCCUGUUGUAACUUCUUGGCCCUGCUGCUUUCUCUAAGCCUCGCUCACCAGCAAGCUCCUUCCUCAGUCUGGUCCUCUUGGUGGAAACUUCCUGAAGAAGAGCAGCAAGAACUGGCUUUUAGGUCUACAAUUCCAAGUUCUCAUGCAGAAGGGGGCAGCUGGGCAGAUCAGAUACCCGACUUAAAAUGAAGUCAUAAUUCGGAGUCUGAAUUUGAAGCAUAUGAAUUGCUGGUCCAUGCAACACUUACACCAAUGACACAAUGAAUACUCAUGUACAAUUUGAGAGUCGUGUCCCACUCUCUCUUGCCACGCAGGAACACACCUUGGGAAUUCCGGGUGACAAGAGCUUCAGCUGGUGGCCCUGUGCAGUCAGUGACUAGGGGCUUUUUACCCCAAGGGGUCUUCCAGUUGCAGUCGUGGGGGCUGGAGAGAAUACCAUGACCACUACAAGGAAAUUAAGAGUGUUCUGGCACCUGCGCUUUAAUUUUUUUUCUAUUUGUUUUGAAAAGCUGGAAGUUAAAAGCUGAGGUGGGAAGAGUCCUGGAGUGUUCUUUAGAAGCUGGAGUGCAGGUUGAGCCCUUGAAAGGCAACAUUUCAAUGAUUUCUUGCAGCCAUUUUUGCCAAAUGUCUAAAACGUAGUAGGAGGGAAGGAAACUUGUAUCACAUUCCUUCGAUAGUGGAACAAUUCAACCCCACUUUGAUUCUUGUCACCUGAUCAUCCGUCUACAAAUUGUGGUGUUACCUCUGCUGGCAGACCCACUCUUAACAUACACUUUAGGCACCAAGCCCUGGGUUAGGAGAGAAAUCUUGGCAAGCUGUUGGCUCUUGCAUGCUAAGAGGGCAUCCUUUCUUUCCAUUGGAGGUUUCAGUUUUACAGAGUAAAUCCCUUGACUUUUCCCCAGUGUAUCCAAGAUGAACGAAGCCAUAGAAGUAGCUGCAAUUCUAUCCUUGAUAAGCUUUUUGUGUGUGUGUGUGUGCUGAUCCUGUUAAGGCACAGAGGGGAAGGAUGGGCACUUGUCAUUAGAAUAUUAACAAGCAUUUUUUUUUACAAAAAAUAACC